AUGGCCAAACACUCACGCUCCCAAAGCCACUCCCGGAGUCCCUCUCCCAACCACGACUCACCCUUCACCUCCAGCUCCAGUCCCAGCUCUCCAACCUGCUCAACGAUCAGCACGACAACGCUACCAUCUGAUCGGAGCAAAAUCCCCUGCCUGAACACGGCUGAGCUCACCGACGUCAUGCAUUGCACCUUACCGCCACAUCGAGAGGCGGUCUCGUUUACCUCGUACGAGGACUACGAGGUGCACUAUCAGCAGGCACAUGUCAAUCGCUGUUCGGAGUGUAGCAAGAAUUUCCCCACGGCGCAUUUUUUGAAUCUUCAUAUUGUGGAGAAUCAUGAUUCGCUCGUGGUGGCGAUGAGGGAGCGGGGAGAGAAGACUUACGGCUGUUUCGUGGAGGACUGCGAGCGCAAAUGCUCAAACCCGCGGAGUCGACGACUUCAUUUAAUCGACAAGCACAUGUUCCCUCGAACUUACAACUUCUACAUUGUCAACGACGGCAUUGACAAUCAGACCUCGCUGCUGAAACCGCUGAACAAGAGCAACAGACGCCGGAUUUCCUCAGCAUCCAUCUCGUCCAUCCAUGAGGGACGACUGCGGCACCGGAACUCGGUAUCUCAACCGAGCGCGGAGCCUCGGUCACCCGUUCGAUCCGAGACAAUCCCGGACGAGAUGGAAGUCGACAGCCUGGCCCAGUCCAUGUCUGCGCUGCGGUUUGUGCCGGCGAGCGUGAUGAAGAAUCGAGUUAAAGUACUGCAGAAGAAUGCUUGA